UUAGUUCCAAACAUUAGUAUUAAUAUUAAUGCUAAUGCUAAUGCUAAUGCUAAUGCUAAUGUCACUUCAAUCUUCAACCUCAACCUCAAUCUCAAUCUCAAUCAUUCCAAUCACUCCAAUCAUUUCAAUCAUUUUAAUCAUCCCAAUCAUUUGUUUUUAAUAUCAACAUCAAUAACAUACAUACACACAUACAUACACAUACACAUAUUCACACAUAAAAUAAUAUUGUACACCGUUAUUUCUUCUCCUCUUGUUAAUCACAUCACCUCACCUAAAAAACUGGAACCUUUUCCGUCCGCAUCUUUCUCACCAUCUCACCAUCUCUCCAUCUCUCAUCCCAUCUCCCAUAUUCAUUUCGGGUCACUCACAUCAUCUCACCCGCCACCUUUUGACAUCCCAGCAAUUUAUUUUCGGGGAUUGAAGAAGGAAUUCCCAAUCAGGAAACUGCAAGCAAAGCUCGAGCCAAGUCUGUUCUACAGGUCAGUCUUUCUUUUACAUCUUUCACAGUUACGGUUCAUUUUGCAUUUUGCAUUUUGCAUUUUGCAUUUUACUUGUUACUGCCUACCUAUUCUUGGUAUUCUAACAGCUCACAUAUCUGAUUUCACAGAUCACCCUCUAACUGUACUCUCUCUCCGUGAUAGAUAUAUCGAACAUCCAUCCACCAUUCAAGAAUUCUAUCUUCUCAAGUUCUGGUUUUUGGUCUGGCUCUUCCCUUCAAAUCUCUGGAAUUCACGGAUUGCCAUCUCUCCGCCCUAAAUCGAACACUCAAGAAAAUACAGCCAUAGCAAAUAUGCCGGUUAAUGGCAAGCCCAAUGGGCGAUUUGAACUACCUGCUCUUACAUCCUUUGAUUUCAAUUUGACAGAUGGAACGGAUAUCCCGCCGCCACUUCCAGAUUCUCCAAUAGAAGAAGAGGCAAUUAAAUCGACUACUGCAUCCGCGGCGUCGACACCUGUGUCCGCCCCUCGGACUACUGAUCCCGUUCGAUCCACCUCUACAAGCACGCCUCCCACAUCAGCGUCAGCGUCAGCAAAUGGCAAUUCUGAUUUUGCUCCCCUUACGGCAACGAAAUCUCAUGGUUUCUCCAAUCUUACUACGACAAAAUCCCAUGGCUAUUUCCCACCUAACAUGUCAUCUCUUCGCAACCAUGCCCCUCCCGUUCGCGCAAGAGCCCCUUCAGACGUUGCUGUCCCGAACACUCCCACACGGCCUGAAAAGGAAAGCAGCAUCCGCAAAUUCCUCUCUCGAAAAUCAUUCAACUCAAAUUACACAGGUGGAAAUGCGAAAUCGCAUGAGGAUUUGUCAAAGAUGAUGAGACCAGAGAGUCCAAGUAGUCUCGCGAGCAGCAAACCUAGUUUCGUGAAGAGGAAGAGCGGAAGCUGGUUUAGGAGUUUUGGGAGUAGCAGUAAGAGAAAUAGCGUGGUGUACGUAGACAAGCCCGUGGUGUAUGCUCCCACCCUGCAGCGAACUCCGGAGAUUCAGAAGGAAAAUACCAAGCCGGUGUAUACCAAGCCAGGUCCCCCUCCGCCUAAAUUACCGGAGCUUAACCAGUUGAAGGCGAAGAUUGCGGAUGAUGAUCGUGGUAGUUUGGGCGGCGAUGAGAUGUUCAGAAAUAUUUCGUAGUGAGGGAUUGUACGGGAGAAUCGUGGGAAUACAAAUAGUUCCUUGGGGUAUUGCUAUAUGCUACGGCCCAAAUAAUAGCUGCAAUAUGGGAAGGAGCCAGAAAAGAUUCACAGUCACAACCCUAACCACACGGACCGCGAGAUGGAGCGGCCAGCGAGGUAGAAGGGGGAAGGGGGGAACCAGAUGUACCACGAUCAGGUUCAAGAUGGGGGCCAAAAAACGUUAUUUCAUUUUUUUUUGGUUUGUUUGGCUGGGCGCUCUUCUUUUUAUCAAUGAUAUCUCUGGGUGGUGGUCUUCAAUAGGGUCUUGUUUUACGAUUACAGUAUUAACAAAACAGCAUUUGUAAUGUUGGCUUCAUAUGCCGUGGAAGCUUUUCUUGGGGUACAAAAUAUUCAUAUUUAGCAUUUUUGGAACCAAAUAGUAGCGGAUGCUUGGUCGGAUGGCCUUGUCUUUUUUACUCAUCUAUCAUUCGGUUUACGGAGUUUGUAUAAUUGUGAUAAGGGAGAAGAUUGGGUUUUCCCUAAUCUGUCAAUGAGGACUCUCGACGUAAAUCUUACAUUUGAACUUUUUAACACCGAUUUCUCCAAUAUAUUGAAUACCUAAUAAAGCAUAAACGAUCAAUGUUUCCCAAGGA